CUGAUAUGGCUUAAGGUUGCCCAAUUAUAUAUACUUUGUAUUGCUGCCGUACUUUAAUAUUUUACCAUCUGUAGAAGAAGGCAAAAAAUAUCUUCUUGUUUGCCAACGUGGUGUAAACAGGCAUCAAUAGCACAUAACUUUCUAUAUACCCUGAUGGAGGCGAGCAACUAACUUCCUUAAGCGGACCAUCCAGCCACCGAUCAAUAAGCGCCAUAUUAGUCGAGCUCCCUCAUCCGCUGACACUCAGCUCCUUUUCUCAACGUAGGAAAUUGGGGUUUUGGGCUCCGAAACCCUAGUUCUCCGAUCUCUAAUCAUGGCCAUCAUCGGGGUUUCUCAAAUCUAUUCCAAAAGGUCGAACAUGUUUUAAUGUGAAAACUUAAUCAAACAAAAUGACUGAACAGCCUGUUAAGAAAAGUAAAGGUUCUAAGAAUCAAGAGUCAGGUAGAACUUUCAGGCAAGCAACAAACAAUCAGCCGUCUAGGAAGCAGCCAAGAAAGGGGGAAUGCCCAGCUUCUCAACUUCCAUCAGCUGCGGCAAAGUCUCAAGAAGUUACAUCUUCAGAUACAUGGAUUUGUCGAAAUUCUGCUUGUAGAGCAGUCCUAUCCUUGGCUGAUUCAUUCUGCAGGAGAUGCUCUUGCUGCAUCUGUCAGUUAUUUGAUGACAACAAAGACCCUAGUCUUUGGUUAGUUUGCACAUCUAAGAUUGACAAGCUAGAAUUGUGUGGAAUGUCUUGCCAUAUUGAAUGUGCAAUACAAAAGCAGAAAGUUGGGGUUGUCAGUCAUGGGCAGUUAAUGCAACUAGAUGGGAGUUACUGCUGUGCUUCUUGUGGAAAAGUUUCGGGUAUUCUUGAAUGUUGGAAAAAGCAGCUGGUGAUAGCUAAGGAUGCAAGGCGCCUUGAUGUUCUUUGCUAUAGAAUAUCAUUGAGUCAUAGACUACUAGAUGGGACUUGCAGGUUUAAAGAACUCCAUGAAAUUGUAAGUGAUGCCAAGAGUAAGCUUGAAGAAGAAGUUGGCCCUGUGGGUGGAGUUUCUGCCAAGAUGGGACGUGGCAUUGUGAGCAGACUCUCUGUUGCUGCUGACGUGCACAAUCUCUGCUCCCUUGCCAUCAAUAAAGCAGAUGCAUGGAUUAUCUCCAGUUCUGGUGUUGAUCUAAAUCACAGAGACUCGCUUCCUACUGUUCUUGGAAUUAUUUUUGAAGAAGUAACAUCUUUGUCCCUGGUAAUUGUUUUGAAAGAACUGGAUGCUUUACCUGGGUUAGUUAAGGGCUAUAAAGUCUGGUACUAUCAAAGCACAGAAGAAGCAUCCUUGAAGGAGCCUAUGUGUGUUUUCCCAAAAUCUGUGAAAAGGAUUCCAAUAUCAAAUUUGCAACCUUCUACUGAGUACAUAUUCCAAAUAAUUCCAUAUACAGAUUCUGGAGACUUAAAUCAUUCUGAAGCCAAGUGUUUCACUAAAAGUGUGGAGACGGUCAAUCAGAAUUCUGAAGGGGAAGUUGGUUUUGGUGCUAGAAAUAAUGCAUCUAAAAAUGAAGAUGGUCCUUCCAGCACUGAAAAGGAAUUUGAUGGAAACACAACCCAUUGCUCAAUGAGUUUUAACGUCCACAAUCUUGAGAAGUUCAAACAACCUGUUUUAUUUAAAGAGAAAGGAUAUCUUGAUGGUUUUUGCAGUGUGGAUGUGGAAGAAUGCUGCGGUAGGACCAGUUCAGUGAAACAUGAUACUCCUAGAAAAGAAACCCAGGCACUGAAUUCAUGUGAGCUUGAUUUAAAUGUCACUUCCGUGCCUGAUCUUAAUGCAGAAGUAACACCAGCAUUAGAGUCCUCUAAAGAUGAAGAUGAUGGAUGUACUUUGGAGAGGGGUUUUGAGGCUGAGGAUGAUGCUAUUUCACAUGACUUGGAAAAAACUAUCAGAUCAAUAUCAAGUGGCCAUGACGAUUCACAGACCUGUGAGAUUAGACCAACGAGAGGUGUCUCUGUGUUUGCCUUCCAACCAGAGUUCUGCACUAAACAAACAUCUAGCCCAAAAAAUGACAACAAUGAUUGUGUUAGCACUUUGAUUGAUGGGUCUCCUUCACAAUUCUAUGGUGAAAUGUGUCAUCUGGACAGUAGCUAUGAGUUCUGUGUCAAGAUCAUUCGAGCACUAGAGCAAGAAGGCCACAUUGAACAAGAAUUCAGGAUGAAAUUUUUGACUUGGUUCAGCUUGAGAUCAACCAAGCAAGAGCGCAGGGUUGUUUAUACAUUUAUCCAAACCUUAAUGGAUGAACCUAGAAGUUUGGCUGCCCAGUUAGUUGACUCAUUUUCUCAUAUUAUAACAUGCAAGAGGCAUGGUAGUGGUUUGUGUACGAAGCUGUGGCAUUGAUUUGGAAUAUCAUCAAAACAUGGGUUUUAGAAAUGCUUUCAUGGUAGGCUAUUUCCUUGUGUUUUUAUGUUCUCUCUGUUCUUGCAAUUUGGAAUCAUCUUAGGAAGUGAUUUUGUAAUUUUGUCCAAGUGUUUUUUAAUGUCUAUAUGCAAGAGGAGUCGUAUACAAUAUUUUUUAGUCUGCAAGCCUUUUACUGGUUUUUGUCCUUUUUUCUUUCUUCUUCCAAAUUAUUUGUAAAGGUAUAUUUGUAAGACAGAUGCUCUAGCUUGCGUUGUUUUGAAAGAAAUCCGUUUGAGAUUAUAGAUUUGUUUA